AUGAUGUUUACAGGUGUAAGCACAGAAUGCUCGAGACAGCGAUUGAUUGAGAUAUGUGAGAAUCUCGUGAGCAACAAAACAGUUUACAAAAGGCUCGAGGCUCUGUUUGAAGAGCUCAGGAAAUCACCUACUAUGGCAUUUGAAGUUUGGAGUCACGAUGCAAUGCCUAUCUUUCUUCUACAGGAAGUGAUUGCACCAUACACAAUUAUCAACACAAACAAGUUUUCUGAGGAGAAUAGCUCAAGACUGUGCAUGGUGUUAAAUAUACUGCAGAUACUUGUUGGUGACACACAAAUAAAGCAUGUAUUUGUGGAUGCAAGGUUUCCAUAUUAUAUAUACAGGUAUCUUAUGAUAUCAGACAUUGACUCAAGACAUGAGGUGUUGAGAAUUUCAUCAUUAGGAGUGAUUGCAUCUUUAUUGAAGAAUGGAGAUCAGUAUGUGCACAAGCAUUUGAAAAUAACAGAGAUUGUUCCUCUUCUUCUGAAGAUUGUUGACAUUGGACCGGAGGAGUCGCAGCUUCUUUCUGCAAAUGUAUUUACAGCAAUUAUAGGAAAUGAUGAUGGCCUGAGCUAUGCAUGCCAGACAUUCGACAGAUUUUCUGCAAUUAAUAUGAUGUUCAACUCACUGGCAUCUCAGUCUGUUGGAUUGAAAUCUACUGAGCUACUAAAGGCAGUGUUGAAGGUGUACAUAAGACUCUGUGCAAAACCACACAUACGAACACUUUUGAGCUCUAAAAGACCUGACGGACUGUUCUCUGCAGACAUUGAGCGGUUUGUGUCAUCUGAUCCUGAAGCCAAGGGACUGUUCCGGAGGUUUGUUGAUCUACUGGGGUGA